AAUAAAAAAAAAGCCCCCACGCACGAAUGGUUUAGCGGAGGCUUGCUCAUGCUGCGAGAUCUGAGCCUGGUGCGAAUCCACCGAACAGCGUUGUGUGGAACGAACUACCUGCUUUCCUUUUCUUUCUGCUUCUCUGCUAAACUGCGAACAAGGAAGCUGAACUCAAGCUGAAUUUCUUAGAGAUUCGGGAAUAGUUUCAUCCAUUUCAUUCAAUUUAUGUUUUUUCCUUUGAGAGAUUAGUAGAUCGAAUCUCGAAGAAGAUGAAUAUAUUCAGAUUAGCAGGUGAUAUGACUCACCUUGCCAGCGUUCUCGUAUUGCUCCUCAAGAUCCACACCAUCAAAUCCUGCGCUGGCAUUUCUUUGAAGACUCAAGAACUCUAUGCUAUUGUUUUUGCUACUCGCUAUUUGGAUAUAUUUACAGAUUUCAUUUCCCUCUACAAUACUACCAUGAAGCUAAUAUUUUUAGGAAGUUCAUUUUCAAUUGUUUGGUACAUGAGGAACCACAAGAUUGUCAAUAGGUCUUAUGAUAAAGCUCAGGACACCUUCCGUCAUUAUUUCCUUAUAUUGCCUUGCUUACUCUUGGCCCUUGUUGUUAAUGAGAAAUUCACAUUUAAGGAGGUGAUGUGGACAUUUUCCAUAUAUUUAGAAGCUGUUGCCAUACUUCCUCAGCUUGUGCUGUUACAAAGAACUAGAAAUAUCGACAACUUGACGGGGCAAUAUGUAUUUCUUCUUGGUGCAUACCGAGCCCUAUACAUUCUCAAUUGGAUUUAUCGCUACUUCACUGAGACACACUAUACCCAUUGGAUAACUUGGAUAUCUGGUUUUGUGCAAACAUUGCUUUACGCCGACUUCUUCUAUUAUUACUUCGAGAGCUGGAAAAACAACAAGAAGCUCCAGUUACCAGCUUGAAAGGCUCAAGGACAAACCCUCUGUGCUUGAGGACUUCUUAAUUUGUCAACAACAACAACUUAAUUUUUAGUUCUUUUCUUUAUUCAACUUAUUUUAGAUAUUUGUAUUGUACUCAGGUUUCUUGGAGAAAGUAAUUGUUUUCAGAUGCCAUGAAAGUGAACGCUUCUUCUUGCUGAAUAUUUUUGUGAAGAAGAAUAUUAACAUCAGUCCAUUAGUUCACUUUUAAUGACAGUUGCAUUGAUAUUUGCCUGUUGCA